AACAGGCAAAAGACCCAGAAAAAAGAAUUAUGGAGCAUCAGCUUGUGGUGGUGGUCCUCACUCCUCCACUCCUACAACUGUACCUUCACUUUUUAGUCUUCUCCUUCUCUUCCCCCUAUUCCUCCAUCACAUCCCAACCCAUUAAUAUCUUCCUCUUCCUCAUCUUCAAAAUAGUUCCAUCCUCUUUUAUUUAUUCGUAUAAGUAUCUGGGCCAUCCAUGGAGGUCAUGAGUAAAAUUAACUUAAACAAGCAGAUGAGGAUGGAGAAGCCCCAUGUGGUGGUCAAGGAGGAGGAAGAGGAAGAUGAAGAAUUUGAUCAUCAUCAGCAACUGGAAGAUCAUGAUAAGAAGAAGAAAGGAAUUGUGGGUGGAAGUGGCUCUGUGAAAAGAUCAGGCACAAGUGGAGGCGGGAUGAGAUGCUGUCAGGCUGACAGGUGCCCAGCUGAUCUGAGUGAUGCAAAGCAGUAUCAUAGAAGGCAUAAGGUUUGUGACCUUCAUUCUAAGGCUCAGGUUGUGCUUGUUUCUGGGCUGAGGCAAAGGUUUUGCCAGCAAUGCAGCAGAUUUCAUGAGCUGGCAGAAUUUGAUGACACCAAACGGAGUUGUCGUAGGCGUUUGGCUGGACACAAUGAACGGCGAAGGAAGAAUUCAGUCGAGUCUAAUGCAGAAGGGCCGAGCCGCAAUGGUACAGGCACUCAGUUAAAGGAUGUAUGUGGCCAGGGUGAUAAUAGUGGAAGAAUUCGGAUAACCAUUCAAGGAAAUUCCACCUACAAGCAUUUCCAGAUCAGAUAAGAUUUAUCAAGCAUGCUCUCUCUCUUCUGUCAUCCUAGAGAUGUAAUAAUAAUUUUGGAGUUCCAUGGUAGAUAUGUGUUCAGGAUUUCUAUUUAGGUGGAGCAAAAAUUCCAUUUACAUUGUAACAUCAAUUUCUUGGCUGUGUGCUAGGCUUGCUAUUUGGCUGUAGGUAUAAAGCAUGCUCUCUAUCUUCUGUCAUCCCAGAGAUGUAAUAAUAAUUUUAGAGUUCCAUGUUA